AUGGCCAUUAUGGUGGUCCAGGAACGCGUUCGGAGUCCCUGCGUUCCCCCUCGCUGCCCCAGCGAUCAACCUUACUUUCAUGUGUCGAUUCCUCUUCACCACAGACCAUUCCUGAGGUUUACGUUAGAAGGUCGAGCAUACCAGUACAAGGUCCUACCCUUCGGGCUUGCCCUGUCGCCACAUGUCUUCACGAAAGUCACAGAGGCUGCCCUCGCUCCACUGAGAGAACAAGGGUAUUCGCAUCCUCAACUACCUGGACGACUGGCUCAUUCUAGCUCAGUCCCGGGCUCAUUUGUGCAAACACAGGGACCUGGUGCUAUGGCUGGUGCUUUGACUGUGAUUUUUCUCCCUGACCGGAGGAACACUUGCACAGACACUGUGCAAAGUCAGGGAGGACGAGGAGCAGGUCCUGCUAGUAGCACCCUGCUGGGCCACGAAGACCUGGUUCCCAGAAUUUGUGCUCCUCGUGACAGCCCCUCCAUGGCCGAUUCCUCUGAGGAAGGGUCUUCUGACUCAGACUCGAGGCUGCUGAAAAAGGAGAGUCAAAAACUGACUGAAACAACAGAUAAAGUUCAAUGUGGAAAGAGUUAUAGUAAAAAAGGAAGCCUUAAAGUCCAUAUGAGGUCUCACAGUGGAGAAAAACCUUACACCUGCCCACAGUGUGGAAAAAGUUUCUCCGUUAAAGGAAACCUUGAAGUCCAUAUAAGGAUUCACACGGGAGAAAAACCCUAUUCCUGCCAACAGUGUGGAAAUGGUUUCACUAAAAAGGAAAACCUCAAAGUCCACAAGAUAACUCACACCGGAGAGAAGCCUUACAGCUGCCAACAGUGUGAAAAAAGUUUCAGUAAAAAAGGGAUCUUUAAAAGGCACCUGAAAAUUCACGUUGAAGAUAAGCCUUUCACCUGCCAACAGUGUGGAAAUGGUUUCAUUCAAAGCGCAGACCUUAAAAUCCACAUGAGAAUUCACACCGGAGAGAAGCCCUUCAUGUGCGCUCACUGCGGAAAGCGUUUCACGCGGAAACAAAGCCUUAAAGGCCACAUAAGAACUCACACAGGAGAGAAACCUUACUCCUGCCAACAGUGUGGAAGGAGUUUCACCGAAAAAGGAAACCUCGAGGUCCACAAGAAAACUCACACCGGAGAGAAACCUUACACCUGCCCGCAGUGUGGGAGAAGUUUCGUUAAAAAGACCGACUUCGAAAGGCACAUAAGAGUACACACGGGAGAGAAGCCUUAUGCCUGCCAACAGUGUGGAAAGAGCUUUUCGCAGCAGGGAAGCCUCAAUGUCCACAAGAGGAUUCACGCCGAAGAGAAACCUUCGAGCCACGCGAGGAUUCACUUGAUUGAAGGAUUUUACGUUAUCGCUGAGGAAGGUGUUUCACAGACGGGAAACAUCGUAAGAAUCGUUGACGCUUAGUGCUCAUGCGGGUUAAAAUUGUUUGCUUGUCUUUAGAGUUCGCUCAACAAAAGUUGAA